GGACAGAGAAGAAAGUGUCCCAUGAAGAUUAUUUUUAAAAUCAUUUCUAUUUAUAAAUUACUUUAGAUUUUCAUAAAAUAACGUAACACUUUAUCUGAGGCACUUUAAAGUGUCGUGUUUAUAUCGCAAAAACAUAGUAAGCGUAAAAAACGCGUGUGUUAUUUUAUUUGUUUACGCGCGGUUUAUGAUCGCUUAUUUAAACUUUUGUGGCGUGAAAGUGCUAAUUAAUACAAAUAAACUAAAAAAUCAUUGAAGUUUUAUUCAUAGAACACGAUGUCUUCCGUAGUAGGACGUUCACGAGUGAUGUAGAUAAGAUCGUGAAAAAUAUAAUCUUUAUUUUGAUUUCUGAUUAGACGAUAUGGACAUGUUAAUUUUUUGUGAAAGAAGACUGUGUAUAUUCUAUUUAGGACAAUUUUGAUAUUUAUCGUGUUAUAAAAGUGAAUUGUUUAUUUAAAUAUUCAAAAUGCCUGGGAAAAUAAAAGUAAAAGUUCUUGCUGGACGCAACUUGCCGGUGAUGGACCGGGCAAGUGAUACCACCGAUGCGUUUGUGGAAGUCAAAUUUGGAGGUGUUACCCACAAGACCGAUGUCUGUCGGAAGUCAUUGAACCCACAUUGGAGUAGUACAGAGUGGUACAGAUUUGAGGUGGACGAAUCGGAAUUACAAGACGAGCCUCUACAAUUACGGCUUAUGGACCAUGACACGUAUUCGGCAAAUGACGCGAUAGGCAAAGUUGUGAUAAGCCUCGCGCCCCUACUCGCUAGAGAGGCUAAUAAUGCUAAGGGCACAGGAGGGCCUCCUGGCGGCGCAGUGAUGUCAGGCUGGAUCCCCGUAUUCGAUACGAUGCACGGAAUUCGUGGUGAAUUAAACAUCAUCGUGAAAGUAGAAUUAUUUUCAGAUUUCAACAAAUACAAGACUUCGAGUUGUGGUGUGCAGUUCUUUCACUGUCCAAUGAUCCCACCUGGAUACCGUGCGACAGCAAUCCAUGGCUUCGUGGAGGAGCUAAUAGUCAACGAUGACCCUGAGUACCAGUGGAUAGAUAAAAUCCGUACGCCGCGAGCAUCCAAUGAAGCCAGACAAGUCGCAUUCAUUAAACUUAGCAAUCAAGUACAACGUCUGGUGGGUCUGAAGGCUGCCGAGCUGGGAGCUAACGCUGUGGUGGGAUACCAGCAAGACUUCGAUUUAGAAGGCGAAGCUGGUGUCGUCGCUAGAGCUAUCGGAACUGCUGUCAGUAUAACUCCACUGCCAACACCGAGCCAUCCAAUUAACAUCCCACCUUGUUCACAGCAGCAGCUAAUGAAAUAUUUGGAUAUUUUGGCGACGGACGAUGAAAGUGUGACAGAUCUGGCAGAAUAUUACCAGAACCAUCAGGAUGAACUGCUUAAACUUCUAAACAUACUAAAUCCUAAAGCUCCAUAUCUUCUAGAUGACCCUGAUACCAUUGAUGAGGAUGAUAAAAGCUUAGAACUAACAAAAGAUACUAAUGCCAAGAAUUAUGUAGGUGAUCGUUCUAUCUACCAAGAAGACUAUGUCUCUCGACAGAGUUUGAGACAUCUCUCUGAAGAUCAAACAGAUUUGAAUCGCUUGUUGAACAGAGCAAGCGAUUACGAUUCCGAUAGUUCGGGACCGUUACAAAAAAUAAAAAAGAUUAAAACCACUUUCUUUACUAAAAGAUUCUCAGGACCAAGGUCACGUAAAACUGAAAAACAAGACGAUCAAGUAUCAAUCAAAUCAAAUUCUUCAGAUAAUUCACGUAUAUCUUUAAAUGAUAUAAAGAAUGAGCUUAAAAAGUUAAAGAAACUGAAAAAACCGAAAAUGCGUAAAGUGGUUAAUAAAGAAGAAGAAGGUAUAGGCAUGGCGUCUAUAUUGGCCAGAUCAGUAAUCCACGCACAAACAAGUCUGGCUUGUAUCGCAGAGUCUCACGACUCGGAACAUUCGCCGGCAUCUACUAUGAGACAGACGAGCGAAUCAGAACCCACUUUAAAUGUGUCUGAUGAUGAAAAAGUUCGACGCGAUUCAACACACGUACUUACAGAUGAAGCCGAGAAAGAUAAAAAAAUCAUACCAGAAAUAUUUUGUUCUUCUCUGGACAAUAUCAAAAGUGUUGAUAGCGAAACUAAAAAGGAUGAUACUAGACAGAGGAAGCUAUCUGAAUCCUGUCCCACUACACCUGUAGUAGUUAGAAGCGAUAAUCUCCUAAAGUUGCCUGGCGAAGGAGAUUUUUAUGGUUCAAUAUCGUCUGCAUUAUCUGUAGGUAGUUCUGAGUAUACCAGUUCGGAGGAAGAUGAUGAAAGCUUUGGAUUAAAAGACUCAAACAGAACAAUCGAGACUACAAGCUCUGUGGUACAAUCUGUUUUAAGUCAUGAUGCUAAUCCAGAUUUUAUUGCCCAAAUGGAAAGAAAACUAACAUCACUUGAAGAAAAGAAACAAGACUUAUGUGAUGUAAAUACUGGUCAAGAUAAUAUUGAAGUUAAACUCGAAAACGAUGUGUUUAAAGAUAAUGUUCAAGAGGGAAAAAGUAAGACAGUAAAAAUUGAAAACGAUAGUAGCAAUGGAAAUAUCCCAAGCACUUCGAAAGCGGACUCUCAUAAGGAUAAAAACAAGUGCGUACUUAGUAAUACUAUCAAAGUGAACAACCCUUUUGCUCACAAGAAAGCUUCUAAGAGCAUUAGUGCACCUUCCUCCCCAGUAGAUAAGAAAAGCUUUGUAUACCGCUCAUCAAAACGUAUAAAACGUCAAAUAUCUAAGCUCACUAAGAGUAGUAUGAUGAAAAGCUUGUCUCAUUACACCCUUAGGCCAAAGAAAAAACACGAGACCCCCAAAACUGCCAUGAGCCAGCCCGGUUCCGCCUCUGACGUUACCUCUAAAGCUCCCAGUGAAACCGUUUUAGGUUCCCCUUUCCUCUCUUACUCUGAUCUAUUGACUCUCGACAAAGAAGGAUUCGAAUUAAAUCGUCUUCACAAAAGCGAUGAAACGGGAAUCGCUAAAGUUUCCAUGUAUAUAGGAUCAGAACCGGUUUCACGGAUGUCAUUUAGCGGUCCCUCAGGAUGUCACAGUAAAAGCCACAGCUUCCGUGAGCAGCGGUCCCGGAAAAAAGAAAGAUCUUCAAUCAGGCCCGCCGGUUUGGUUCAGACCGCGAUGGAAACUAUGUUGAUCGAUAGAGUGCAAUCUUUAUUAAUACCAACAUCGCCCGAUCCGGUUAAAAGCGAUGAUAAGAAAUUUUUCGAUGACGUUAAUGAAAAAUUAGAGCAAAUUGAGGUGUCCAGAAAUAAAGAGGAACAGAGUAAAAAUCAAUCGAAAAAUGUAAAGAAGCAAGAUAGCGCGAAAGAUAAAAAGAAACUCGUUCGUCAGGACAGCAUCCGUUCAACCGCGUCCAUUACCGAGUCGUCCAAAGUAUCCAAACCCUUAGACCCUAACCACAUCAUUCCAUGCAAGUUAACAAGCGCACCGGUGUUGCAACAUUUUCAUCCCAUACUUAGCGGCGGUCAACUAGAGAGCAUACCAUCGCUGCCGGAGACCAGCUUGGAUCGCACGGAGAGUUUAGACGUAGAGGGGGUAGAGUGGGGGGCGACUAACAGUGCUAGUGCGUGUGACUUGCAUGCAGCGUGCCGUGUUGACAGGAGCGAGCGCGACAGGGGGGACAAGGAGAGGGGGUCGCCGCGACACGCGCGUCACGAGUCGUACGGUGGCCGCGACGCUCCGCCCCCUGCCUCCGCCCCUAUACCAGCCCCCGCCCCCGCACCCGCGCCCGCGCCCGCCACUCCUGCUCAGAACGUCUCCGUGCACUCCACAUCUAUACCCGUCGGGAUACAUAGAAGGUCAUCGGAUUCUGAUCUUAGCAUCACACCGAAAGGUAGUUCCCUGAACGCGUCCGGUGGGAACACUGUCGGUGGGGGAGCCAUCUUGCGGCCCUCCAUGAACAGCAAUAACCUGGACAUGCUGGAGUAUCCAUUCCUCACCAUGACAGAGUACCCGCCUGGAUUCAUCGUGCACAUAGGGGGGACAGUAUGCGCGCGGUCAGUGAAGCUGGUGGAUGGGGGCGGGGAGAGCGCGUCGCGCGCAGCCUGGUGGGCGGAGCUGCGCACCGAGCUGCGUGCGCAUGCGCGUGCGCUGCGCUGUACCGCCGUACUCGCUUACUGCGAGAAGGCCGCCGUCAGGGAAGAUGUGUGCGUGUUGUCCGCCUCGGGUACUGCGGCCGUCAUCAACUUAGACUGCGAGUUUGUAAACGAUGAACAUCCUGUUACAGUGGGCAGUAGUAAGAAGGUGAUAGAAGAGCGGGAGAAGGAGAGGGAGAGGGAGAAGGAGAGGGAGGUGGAGGUGGAGGCGGAGAGCUGCAGCGCGGCGCACGUGCCGUACAGCGCGGGGGGCGGGGAGGUGGCGGCGUGCGGGGGGUGCCGGCGCGCGCGCGUCCCCUCCGUGCUGCUCGCCACCUGCGCCAAGCCCCCCGCCCUCGCCGCGUACCCCACCGCUGUCACACUCACCGCUGUGGCUGCUCGCGUGCGACGUGCUCCGCCCGCAUCAGAGCCUGGUGCACGAGACAUCUCCGACCAGCUGCCCUUCCUGGAGUACGAGCUGCAUAAGCUGCUCCUCGCCAAGCUUCGCAUGCAGGGCGCGAACGCGAUCUUCUCUCUGCAGACUCAGAUUGCAAUCGGCGAGCGCUGCGUGAUGGCGCUGGCGAGCGGCACUGCUGUACGUCUCGCUGCGCUGCCGCCCCCCACACCGCCCACCAUCAAGGCAUCAGAGAACGACAAGAACGCACUGGAGAUCCAGCGCGCGCUGUGGGACACUUUCCAAGCUAACCGCACAGCCAAUGGAUACGAUUUAGGUCCUCUGGAGCAAGGCUGCAACGGCUCUUUGGUGGAGUCAGAGGAGCCGCCUGUGUUAGAACUGAGUGCAGACAAAGAUGCCUGCGUCCUGGAACUUGAUGAAGCUGAAGAUGUGGAGACAGCCAAGUCCCUAGCAGUGAGACACACGACAAUGCAGGUGUACACGCCCAGCCUGCGCCCCGCCCCCGGAGCCCCGCCCCACGCCUUCAUGCAGGUGUGGCGCGCGCGGCUGGGCGCAUGCGGCGGCGGGGAGCGGCUGGCGGGGCGCGCGCUGUCGGGUGCCGCGUACAAGCUGCGCCGUCUGCAGCCCGCCGCACUCGCCCCGCCCACCUUCCACCUCGACCUGCCCGAGGAUGAGAUCCAGCUAGUAGUAGCAGGUACAGCCAUACCGCUGGCGGGGGCGGGGUCUGCAGCGGGUAGGGCGGAGCACAACGGCUCGCAGGGCUCCGCCCCCGAUGCAGAUGAUGACAUCUUCGCGCUGGAUGAAGAGCAGCUCAUCAAGCCUACCACUGAACUCACGGAUGAGAAACUCAAUGCAGGACAGUCCCCUGUGCGCGUGUCUCUGUCUACACUGUGCGGUGUGGGCGGGGUGGGGGCGGGGUCGGGGGCGGGGUCGGGGGCGCGGCGUCUGUGCGCACUGCGCCUGCUGUUUGUACGUGAGACCACAGCAGUGCGCGAGCUGGGAGGACUCAGUGGCUUCAUGCAUACCUUCGCUUGCGAGGUGCUGGCGAUCGUACGCGCGUACACAGCGGCACUGGGCGGCAACGCUCUCACCUCCUUCUACAUCACCCAGCUGAUGCUGCAGGACAACGCGCACAAGAACCAGGGUCAGUGUCUACUCUCAGUGGGAGGAGAUGUUGUUCAUGUUAUACAUUAGUUUAAUGGACACAUAUCUUAAUUCCUUUUGACACAUUUAUAAUAUUAGUAAGAUUGA